AUGGACGACCCCACCAGCCGCUCGUCUGCGGCGGCCGCCGCGGCCUCCCGCACGAACAGCCCGGCCCUCAAGGAGCUCUACACCCUCGUUGACGACCUUAUCGCUGCUCUUCCGCAGAGCUCCACCUCGUCCACCGUCGACACCAUCCAGACUCAAUGCGACUGCCUCCGACGAAUACGCCAGCUAUUGAUAGACUCGCCCGACUUCCGCCAGCUCAAGGACACGUUUCGGCAGGCUAAAGGCCUCACUGCGUUGAUUGAUACACUACGAUCCGUCUCCGGCUUCUACAACCCCUCUACACUCUCAAAAGAUGACCAAACCGAGUUUUUCGAGCUUCUUAAGGCUGUGCUUGCGGUACUCUCUGAGGCCUUGAACGACCACCCUGGCAAUCGCAGAUUCUUCCGGAAGAGAGUGGAGGAAGGUGGUUGGACAGCUUUGGAGCAGGCGCUCAUUAGCACUGGUGUUGGCGGCGGCUUUCAGGAUACUGGCUCAUUUGACGAUGCAGGGCAGGAACAGCUCUUUGGCUGUCUUGUGGCAUUCGCACUGGCUGAGGAGAACAUGGCACGGAUUUUCCGUGACGUUAGAAACCUCCAGCCUGAUGUCAAGAAUGGCGAUCACCAGCCAGUCGCUGAUGACGCCGCCGUCGCCGGGCCCGGAGAUUCUGACAAGGUGACCGGGCGCUUACGGGAUCCUACAAUUGGCAUGCUUGAAUCGCAUCUGGCUGGCUUCUUCAGUGGGAACGAGGUCCUUCAAAAUCCAGAGAUACUACCAGUGAUCAUCAAUAUGUGGUUGAUGCUCUUUCAGGAGGGGACAACCGGUUCAAGAUCACCGCGAUUGUCUACCUCGGUGCUUCUGAUCUUGGAGAGGAUCAUUGCCAUGUCUGCGCAUAACAAGUUGGCGGCCCAUGGAACCGGCAUACUCAAACCGCUGUUGCCAUUGAUGUUCGAGGCAGAGAAAGAAUCAUCGGAGCACUUCCUCCUUUCCAGGCUGACGGAAGACCUCAUUUCGUACGGUAUCAAUGACUUAGAAGAUGCCCGGUACCUGUAUCGGCUCGCGGCCCAGUCCGAGGAGGCUGCCCAGUUCCUUUUGUCGGCCAUCAGGUCGUCAAGACAAGCUCCUUUCAUUCAGCUUGACAUGUCUUUGCACGGCUACACCUCAAUCGAGCUUCGGGACCUUGGUAGGACAUUUCCUCCGACUUCUUCAAACGGUGGAUACACCAUAAGCGCUUGGCUCCGAGUGGACAAGUACGAUGACAACUUCCAUACCACAAUUUUCGGGGCCUAUGAUGCCACACAGACCUGUUUCGUUCUGGUCUACCUGGAAAAGGGGUCUCAUUAUCUGAUCCUGCAAACAUCAACAACCUCUUCCAGACCCAGUGUCAGGUUCAAGUCUGCCGUCUUUGAAGAGGGCGUAUGGUAUCAUAUUGCCAUAGUUCACCGCCGACCGAAAGUGGCUGGCCUGAGUCGGGCUAACUUGUUCAUCAACGGAGAGUUCGCUGAACAAGUGAAGUGCAAUUUCCCUUCUAACCCACCAAGCUAUAGCAGUAGUACCGAGAGUUUCACGGCAUUUGCUUCCAACCAACGCACAUACUCUCCAAUCGAAGCUUUUCUUGGCACUCCCCACACUAUCUCUCCACGCUUGGGCAGGAACGUCGUCGCUACGAAGCUUUCUAUUGCAUCCUUCCACUUGUUUCAGGAGGCUCUAUCUGAUGAAUUGGUUGCUGUAUACCACAAACUUGGUCCAAGAUACCAUGGCAACUUUCAGGAUUGUCUAGGGUCCUUCCUCACAUAUCAUGCAUCAGCGGACUUGAACCUCUACAAUGAACUGCUUCACCCGGCCAAGGAGGAGCGUUCCGAAAUCCUAUCUGCUAUGCGUCACAAGGCUGGCGCAAUCCUCCCCGAGUCGCGGAUCCUUCUGAGCAUCUCUCCAACGGCCGUCAUGGACGACGACGAUAGGAACCACAUCGACGAAACGCAGUUGGUCAAAUCAUUGUCAAAGGCAGCAGCAAAAAACCUUCGCUACUACACACGAAGCUCUGGCCAUCGCAUUGCUAUCAAUGCUGCCGUCCCAUCCAUCAACGACGCUCUUUGCCAGGUAAAUGGAGUUGCGGUUCUUGCCGGCGAACCAGUUGUUGUCGUACCUCAAUCAUUGGAUGAUGCAAGCUGGAGAGUUGGAGGCACCGCAGCCAUUGGAUUGAAGCUGGUCGAGUUGGCUACGACAAGGAAUGCUUUGAUGACCGCCGUCCAGAUUAUGUUCGAGUCCGUUCACGAUAAUUGGAGAAAUAGCGAGGCCAUGGAGAGAGAACACGGAUUCGCCGUCUUGUCUGCACUGCUCCGGGACAAGCUCGGCCUAGGAUCAGUCUUCGGCAGAUCAACCACGGGCCAAAUUGACGACCCAGAUCACGAAUCAUUGUCUUACGAAUUAUUGCAGCUCAUUCUUAGAUUUGUUGGAUUCGAAGAAAACAGACCGCAGGAAUCCAAGAUCAUCAACCCUCUGGCUUACAGAGCCCUUUUGAUUGAUUUCGACAUCUGGCGGAAAUGCUCCGCCGAUACACAAAAGCUGUACUAUCGGCAAUUCGAGUGCUUUGCUAAGGACAGCAAAUACCAUGUCUUUAAUGCAAAGCGCCUUACCCGCAUGCGCAUCAUAAAGAGGCUACUUGAUGCGCUCAAGGGAGAAAGUUUUACUGGCGAAGUUUUCCCCCAUUUCCUCAACGCAUUCAGGGCCCUCCUGAAAUGCAGCGUCUCGUCGGAUAUCCUCAGGUCCCUUGCACUCUUUAUCACAUUUGCUCUGCAGGAGAGCAAAACACUUGUCAAUCGCCCACUACGUUCUAGUAGCAGUGCAAAGCCGUUGCAGCGGGCGCCGACGCAAUCACUGUUGCCCAACUCCAACCCUUCCACGAGGCCCAUGACACCAAACCUCCAGGCCGAAACAGAGGUGCUGUCAAAGAAGGAGUUGGGUGUCAGGAUCCUGGAAGCAUAUGCGGCGUUUCUUUGUGAUGAUGCAAGCGCCACGGAAAUCCGGCGUUUUGCGAAGACUGUGACCAACAAGGUAGGCAGUUUCUUCGAUUUCUCGGACGAGAUGGCUGAUUUGGGUCAGUGGCUGGUUUACCUCCUUGCCGAAAAUGAUGCUCGGGUGAUCGUUCCCACCAUGCAGAUACUUGCCCGGCUUCUGGUCAUUCAGGGCCCGCACUUUGUCAAGAAAUUCACAAGGGACGGAGGCUUCACCAACUUGAAGCACCGCCUUAAAGCUUGGUGGAACACUCCACCGAUUUGGACUAUCUGCUUUGCCAUCCUCUUCGGCGCGGAUGUUGGGAAGAUUACGUUUGAGAGAGAUUUCGAUCUCUAUAACUUGAUGGACGCAUUUUCGUCAGCCAAUGGCCAAAUCAACAUAGCUUAUCCGGACAUUUUCCCGGCAAUGACGGCAAUGCUUGAGACAGGCAUCCGAGUAGUAGUGAAACAGCAAGAGGCGCUCGACAGGCCAUCAACAAGCCAGGGAGAGAACGGCGGUAACCCGACUCCACAGCCGCCAAGGGAACCUGGUAGAAAGCGUUCCAUGUCCUUGGAAAGCGAGCUUGCAGCACGAGGCGAGUAUGAACCACAGCAGCCAUCUUCGAGGCAGAAGCUUGUGGACUAUGCAGCGAUAUUGCAUACGAUCAUUCAGUUCUUGGCAGAUGUGCACAUGAAGUCCCCCCAUUUCCGCGAGUACGCCAUUGCCUCGAACUACGUCCAGGACCUUCUUUUUGUCCUCUACCCAGUCAUCGUCACAUCUGACAGUGUAUCCGCGGAAACGGAGCUGCACUCUCGCGGAUCUGCUCUGACAUUCGAAGGCCAAGAUGUUCUCAUCAAUCCUCAAACAGGACCGGGUGAUUCUCAACCUUCGAUCGUUCGCACUACUCCAAUCGAGGCACCUCGUAGCCCUUCUGCUGCAAAGGCCACACCACUGAGGCGAGGAAACUCAUUCAUUUUGAUCAGCUCCGACAAAGCCAAAUACCCCGCCGCUUCAGUGCGGCUUCACACUGUUCUUUCCCCAAAGAGGUCCAGGUCCAGUUCCGUCGACCUCAAAGUUGGCAACGCCGUCGUUCAAGCCCUGCUUGAGCUUGUUAUUGGCGUUUUCCUGGAUCAACUGCUCCACAAAAAGGACUUUACUGGAUUCGGGCUUUUCCUGAAGGUUCCACCUGGCUUCCAAGAACACCAGGCCUAUUUUGAAUCCUACGUGCUCCUUCAUACCAUGCAAACGAUCGCCAACGAAGUGCAACUCCGCCAGGAUCUACUCUCGGAACCAAGAGUCCUUACCAAUCUUGCUCGCUACACGCUUCAUAUGGCCGAGGCCGUCUUUGAGGGCUGGUUCUUGAACGGUGCUGAAGCGUUGCUCGAUUUCAUCGGGACAAUAUUGGACUACUUGCAUCGCCCAGAUGUGGCGCAGCUCAAGGGGGUACGUCUAUGUACGCAAGCAAUCUCGACCGUUCGUACCGUCUUCUUCCGCGUGGCGUUACUCCGCCUCUCGGAGCUGGAUGAGCCCGACAACGAGACUGAGGCCAUUGCAUUCCUGCACAAGAUGACGUAUUGGCAAACCAUCGUUCUGCACCCAGACAACCUGGAAGGGAACUACCUCAGGCUCCUGUGCUACCUGCUUUAUACGAAGUUUGUUUCCGGGGACCCUCGCGUCAGGGCAGCUGCUGCGGAUUUCUGGAGGCUCAUGCUUGUGCAAAAGCCUGCUGAAACGUCUCAGAUGCUGAACCAGACAACGUCGAGCAACGACCGCAAACUCUUCACAGAGUUCAUGAGACUGACAGAACUUGACAAUGACGCGUUCUUAGCUUGGGUCGACGACCGCCGUGGCGAAUUGGACAACUUGUUCUUUGGCGCAAUGUCAAAGUCUUGGGAAGAGUUCGUUACGGAUGAGAACCGCAAAACCGAAGAGAGCGCAAAGAACAGGGUCAACAAACGACGUGAGCGUCUAAGGCAGUGGCAGUCCGAAGAGGCAGGAGCGGACAACACUUGGCACCGUCACGAGGUCUCGACAACACAUUGGCGUGCCAACAUCUUCGCUGCUGAGCGCUUGAAGCACCAACGAGCACAACAAGACCAGCAGGACAACUUGGCCUUCCUGGCGUCAGCAUUAGGGAAGCUUGAUCGAUCACUGCGCGAACCCUGUGCCUUACUCGAAUCUGAAGAGGUCUCGAAGUGGCAGCUUGAUGAAACUGAGGGCCGAAACAGGAUGAGACUUCGGAUCCUUCCGGAUAGGACCACGGCUCGCAACGACGACUAUCAGCCAAAGAGAAGGGAUUCCGAAGGCUAUGCCAAGAGGAAACUCAGCCUCAUGACCAACAUCCCACAGAUCGCAACUCCUGAUGCUGCCAGUGCCACGCCAAACAGCGCUCACCCCAACAGCGCUCAUCCCGAUGGACAAAAUGGCAGAGAUCGUUCGGUCAGCCAAUCCUCUGUCAACUCCAAUGCCGAUGACGAUUUCGAGUUUGUUGCAGAUCCGAACGAGGGUGAAGAUGGUUUCGAGGACAAGAAUCGCAAAGUCAUGCGCACGCUUCAGUCGGGCGAUCAGGUCCAGCAUGUCUUCAACGUGUCGCGUAUCGUUGGUUUGGAAGCCUGUGAAGGACUUCUUAUCCUUGGCAAAGACUCGCUGUACCUUUUGGACAAUUUCUUCCAACGGUCUGACGGAGAAAUCAUCCGUGUGUGGCAAGCACCACCCGAGGAGCGCGACAGUUACGUCCAAAUGAUCUCCGGAAAGAAGGCGACAGAGAGAAAGCCUCAGAUGGUCGACGGCGAACAAUCGACACGCAACUGGAAGUGGCCAGAGGUGAUCAGUAUCUCCAAGAGACGCUUCCUAUUCCGCGACGUUGCCAUCGAGAUUUUCUUCACCGACGGACGAAGUUACCUGCUGACGGCAAUCGUACCCAAGGUCCGGGACGAGCUUCAUGCCAAACUCCUUUCCAGGGCUCCUCAGGUAACAAGCCCAUCUGCACUACAGUCUGAGGAUGCUUGGCGACUGGAAUCCCUGCGUACUCCGGAAGAGGCGCCGCCGUCAAUGGCCUCAAAAUGGGUCAGCGCACUGAAUCCCAUGGCUCAGAACCCUGCCACGAAGAAGUGGCUGAAGGGCGAAAUCUCCAAUUUCCACUAUCUCAUGCUCGUGAACACCAUGGCCGGGAGGACGUUCAACGAUUUGACCCAAUAUCCCGUCUUCCCGUGGAUUCUGGCGGACUAUACCAGCGAGGAACUGGAUCUGAAUGAUCCAAAGACGUUUAGAGACUUGUCAAAGCCUAUGGGUGCCCAGACUAAGCAGAGAGAAGCCGAGUUCAAGGAGCGUUAUCAAACCUUCGCCGAGAUGAGCGAUGGGACGAGCCCGGUCUUCCAUUACGGCACACACUACUCGUCAGCCAUGAUCGUUACGUCCUAUCUCAUCCGUCUGCAGCCGUUCGUGCAGUCCUAUCUCCUACUUCAGGGUGGCAGUUUCGAUCACGCAGAUCGCUUGUUUGAUUCCAUCGAGAAGGCGUGGAAAUCCGCGUCCAGGGACAACAUGACGGACGUUCGUGAGCUCAUUCCCGAGUUCUUCUACCUGCCCGAGUUCCUCACGAACAUGAACGGUUAUAACUUCGGCACGAAGCAGGUGACUGGCGAGAAGAUCAAUGAUGUCGCUCUACCACCUUGGGCGAAGGGAGACCCUGAGAUUUUCAUCGCCAAGCACAGGGAGGCCCUGGAGAGUCCGUACGUGACCAGAAAUCUCCAGAAGUGGAUCGACCUGGUCUUCGGGUUCAAGCAGCAAGGCGACGCUGCGAUGGAGGCUACAAAUGUGUUCCACUACCUAUCGUAUCAUGGUGCCAAGGACCUGGACAACAUCGACGAUCCGGUUGAACGUCUGGCCACCAUCGGCAUCAUUCACAACUUUGGCCAGACUCCGCACCAAGUUUUCCAGAAACCCCAUCCUCCGCGAGGUGAGCCGCAAAAGCCCAAGCGGCUUGACAGUGGGGCCGAUUCCCUGACUCGCCUUCCAUUCACGCUUCUCGAUGCACGCGAGUCCGUGGCAAGCUUGACCUACCACCCGAAGCAGGAGCGUAUUCUUUGCUCUGCAGCGUUCAGGAUCAACAUCCCACCAAGCUAUGAUCGCUACAUGGAAUGGGGCUUUGCUGAUGGCAGCGUCCGGUUCUACGCGACCGACAGCAAGAAACUGAUCGGGUUGUGGGAGCACCUGCACCAGGGCCAGAUAUCCUGUGCCACCUUCGUCGACGGCAAGACGCUCAUCACGGCGGGCACCGACUGCACCGUCGCCGUCUGGAACGUCGUCCUCCACUCCAAGACGGUCGACCUCGUCCCAAAGGUCUGCUUCUUCGGCCACCGCAACCCCGUCACCGUGCUCGCGACGUCGCGCGCCUUCAGCACCUUCCUCUCGGCCAACCCCAACGGCGAAGUCUUCCUGUGGGACCUCAACCGACUCGAGUUCGUCCGGCGCAUCGGCAAGGCGGCGGUGGACGCGCCCAUCAGCUGCGCGCGCAUCAACAACGUCAACGGGCACGUCAUGCUCUGCACGGGCCCGCGGCUGCUGCUGUACACGCUCAACGGCCGGCUGCUGCUCGACCAGGACGUGUGCGACACGGCCGACGCCGACGACGUCGUGUACUCGUGCGCGUUUUACGAAGGGGUCGGCAACGAGUGGCUGGAGCGGGAGCUGAUCGUCACGGGCCACCGCCGCGGCAUCGUCAACGUGUGGCAGAAGACGCUCGAGCCGGGCACGGGCGAGUGGUGCCUCGAGGUCGUCAAGCGGCUCAACCACGUCGACCCGGCGCGCGAGGACGGCGGCAACUACCCUGGCGCCAUCACGUGCAUCUUGCCCAUGGCGCAGACGGUGUAUACGGGCGAUGAUGACGGCAAGGUUAGUAAAUACAGUUCGAGUGGGAUUGCGUACAGCGACAUGGUGGAGCUUAGACGCACGAGGAAGAAGCGUGGAGGAAACUGUGUGGUGAAGGAGGAAGAGGCGGCUGGUAAAGAAGAGGAGGAGGAUAAGGCGUGGUGGAAGAAGAGGGUUAAGAACGUCAAGCGUAGUUGGACGUGGGACGUGCAUCUGGCGGGGACUGAUGGCGCAAGGGAACCUGAGCCUGUCUCGAGGAUGGAGAGGAAGGACAAGGCGAAGACGAGGAGAUCGUCUGGUAGUUGGAUGCACUUGGGUGGCACUCGUCCCGUGCCCUCUUCCUUGGAUGAUGAUGAGGAUGAGGAGGAUGGUGAACAGCGGGAAGGGGGUCUUGUUCAUGAGCGUUGGAGGAGGGAGAGGGGAUAUGCUCCACCGAUGGGGCGGUAA